GGGCCUCCGCGCCAAGGGGCUCCGUGAGAAGAUCACGCGAAACAACCCAUCAACGCGAAAGGAGGCAGGCGCACGCACGUCGUGAAGGCAGACGUGUCGACAGUCGCGGACGGCACCUGCUCGCGGAGUGCAGGCAGCUCACUGCCAUGCUGCCAGACAUCCUCGUCCUCAACGCAAGCCUCAUGGGCCACCGCCUGCUUGUGGACAUGGACAUGGCCGAGUUCGACGCGCACAUCAACAUGAACGUCAAGGGCCCGCUCUUCUUUGUUCAGAGCGCCACGCAGGACAUGAAGCCCGGCACCCAGAUUAUCUUUGUGUCAACCACGCUGAUGCGCGUGUCAAGCAUGCAGCUGAUGGCGCUCCUGUACGCGUCCUUGAAGGGCGCCGUCAAGCAGCUCGUGCAGGUGCUCGCGCAGGACCUUGGUGUGCGGGGCAUGACAGUGAAAGUGAUCGUCCCCGGCGCGGUCGACACACCGCUCUUCCGUGCGGGCAAGCCACCACACCUGAUCUGCUGGGUGGCGAGCCUGCACUCGCAGAACCGGAUCCCGCACCCGGACGAGAUAAGCCCCCUGGUGGCAUUCGUUGUCUAGGCCCCCACGCCCCGUUAAUUAGUGGCCAUCUAUUUUGUGCUCAGGGACCUGGACCAUUCGAUUGCUGCAUAUACCCCUUUAUGUCCACCCUCUCCAUGCAUUCCAUACACGCACACUCAUAGCCUCUCAUCCACCACAGACAAUCAUCUGCACAAAUCUGUAUCCCAUGUUGGCCCACAACAUUGUAGUAAAAAGAAAAGGAGCUACCCUGCUGCAGCGGGGUCGUAAUAAACC